AUGAUAGAACAAGUCCCUCUUGUUCUUCUCACCCACCAGGUGGCGUGCUCUUCUUGUCGCCGGCUAAGUCACCUUCUCGCUGAGAACUCUUUUUAAGCUCGGCCUCUUCUCCACUUGGAUUUCCCCAAUCCCCUCUUCCUUCCCCCAAUUCCUCGAUGGACUGUUUGAAGAGCUCGCCAAGAUCUGAUUUUGAUGCGAAAAAGACUGCACUUUAGAUCGAGAGACCAUUGAUGGAUAGGCUAAUAAGCUUAGAGCCGUCGAGCCAGGUGCCCGUCCGGGUGGAACUGGGACAGAAGUGCUCCGGCCAGCUCGUCCUCCGCAACGUCAUGUUCACCAUGCCGGUGGCGUUCCGUAUCGAGCCGGUGAACAAGGCUCGGUACGCGGUCCGUCCGAGUUCCGGCAUCAUCGCGCCUUUGGCGACGAUGACGGUUGAGUUCACCUACCUGCUCCCGCUCAACUCGCCGCUGCCCGACUCGGUUCCUCGCUGCGACGACCCGUUCCUCCUCCACAGCGUCGUCGUCCCCAGCGCCUCCUCCAAGGAACGAACCUCCACCGUCGACUCGGUCCCCAGCGAGUGGUUCAGCAAUAAGAAGAAGCAGGUGUUCACGGACAGUGGCAUCAGGGUCUUCUUUGUGGGAUCGGCCGUGUUGACUCGGUUGGUGGCGGACGGGUCGAUGGAUUCGGUGAGGGAAGUGUUAGAGAAGAGUGACCCCGAGUGGCGAGCGGUCGACUCGGUCGAUUCGACCGGGCAGACCUUGCUCCAUUUAGCAAUUGCCCGGUCCAGACCGGAUUUGGUUCAGCUCCUCCUCGAGUUCGACCCUAACGUGGAGGCUACCGAUCGGGCCGGUCAAUCGCCGCUAGAGGCGGCGGCGGCUGCCGGGGAAACCCUUAUUGCUGAGCUUCUUCUAUCGAGGCGGGCGUCGACGGAGAGAUCUCAUGGGUCAGAGCUCGGCCCGCUGCACCUGGCUGCCGCCGCCGGCCACGCGGAGGUGCUUCGGCUCCUUAUACUUAAAGGAGUGAGCGUGGAUGCGCCCACGGCGGACGGACGGACAGCGUUGCGAGUGGCCGUAGAGGGGAGGCAGAGGGAGUGCGUGAAGCUUCUGCUUGCCUCCGGUGCGAGGGCGGACGCCCGAGGCGGCGCCGACAGGGGAACGCCGCUCCACGCUGCGGCGGUCGCAGGGGACGAGGCCAUGGUGAAACUGCUACUGUCCCGCAGUGCGGCCGGGGCGAAGGAAGUGCGAAAUGCGGCCGGGCGGACGGCGUACGAUCUCGCGGCAGAGGGCGGCCACGCGAGUAUGCUGGACGCGCUAAAGCUUGGAGACGAUCUGGCGGCCGCCGCUAGGAAGGGCGACCCGUGGGCUGCGGCGCGGAUGGUCGAACAAGGGGCGGCGGUGGACGGGCAGGACCAGCACGGGUGGACGGCGCUGAUGAGGGCGGCGUUCAAGGGGAAGUUGGAGACGAUGCGAGUGCUGAUAGAGAAGGGGGCGGAGGUUGAGGCGAGGGACGAGGAGGGGUACACGGCGCUCCAUUGCGCGGCGGAGGCAGGGCACGCGGAGGCGGUGGAGGCGCUCCUUAAGCGAGGGGCCGAGACCGAGGCGCGGACGGCGAAGGGAGCGACCGCGGCGGAGAUCGCCGCCGUCUACGGGAACGACGAGGUCUUAAGGGUGCUGGGUGAGGGAGGGGCGACGCCGCGGCAGGAUCUGCUGGCGGUGGGGAAGGGAGGAGGGGGCAAAGACAAAGCGGAGAAGAAGGGGAAGGUACGAGAAAGUAGAAGGCGGGGGAGGAGGAUCGGCGGCGGCGCACUGGCGGCGAGGAGCGGCGGUCGCGUUGACGUGGCCGAAGCGGAGGUGACGUGGUCGCACUAGAUCUCAAGCGUUUUAGUCCAAUUUUUUUGCGAUAUUGUGAUUCAAGUCCAUUUUUUUUAUUGUUGCUCCUCAUACACC